AUGUUUGCGGAUGACACCCAAAUUGCAACAUCAAGUGACGAUAUCAAAGUAAUCACUGAAACAUUAAAUAGAGAUUUAAACAAUGUUGCAAAUUGGCUGUCAGCAAACAAAUUAACUCUGAACAAUAGUAAAACCGAAUAUAUGAUAAUUGGUUCCAAGAAAAGGCUUAGUCAAGUGACUGCCGAUCCUGCUAUCACAGACGUUCCAACUUGACAUCCAAAAAUCGGGAGGUCUGGUAAAGGCAAGAAAACGUUGACCUCUAGUGUGACUAGGUAGAAAAUUUAAACUUUCUUUCAGAAGCGCCAUUUCUUGAUUCCGAGACUCGUGAAUACAACAACUGUAAAUUUCCGCCUUUCAUGCGAAAUAUUACGAAACUUUGUCGUACAAAACACCCCUCUUGGCGAAAUACCGCUUUUUUGUCGAUCCGACAACCGUUUUUACCGUACGCGAACGGCUUUUACAAGGAUUCUUUUAGAAAAAGUAACAUUUUUUCUUUUCAUUCGUAAAAUCGGGAGGUUUAAAUAUAAAUCGGGAGAUUUGCCAAGAAAUCGGGAGCCUCCCGAUCAAAUCGGGAGGGUUGGAACCUUUGGCUAUCAGUGUAGGUAACUUAGAAAUUAAGAGAGUUGAAACAACAAAAUCAUUGGGCCUGAAUGAUAGACGAGUCUCUAAACUGGACCGCGCAGGUCGAAGUCGAACGCAUUUCAAAAAAGGUCACCUCAGGCCUUGCUAUUCUCAGACGACUUCGGGAUACAGUCGAAUUCAAUACCUUAGUUAACUAGAAAAUACAUGCAUGCAGCAACCCCUCGCCUUUCUUAACAGAUGAAGUAUAAAAACUCCACAUAAAGUAUUAAGACCAUUAUAAACAAACAUAAAAACACAACUGAUGCGCUAGCUUUAUAAUGAACGAUAACAUUCACUGCAAUUUCAUGCAUACCAGCUUGCAUUAAAGUGAAUUAUCGAGUUAAGAAUAUUCAAGCGAUUGUUUAUGUUGUUGGUGUGGAUGUCGUUAAAGUUGUGCAGUCGAUGCCCUAUAGUCAAUAUAGGGUCACAUUCGUACUAACGAAGCUAAACUGGGUUUCUUAUCUCAACCUACUAAUCUCAACUUUUUAACAUUAAAGAUGUUAAAAUCGAAGUGCAGCCGAUUGAGAAUCCAAUUGUGGAGGUGAAAGUGUUGUAUGUUCCUAGCGAAGUGCCCAAUAAAGUCGUUGCGGAGUUUCUUGGUAAUCAUGGGAAAGUGGAGACGAUAACACGAGAAAUGACGACAGAGCAUGGCUUCCCCAUGAUUGAAAGUUGGCAUGUUCGAGAGAACUGCCCUGAGUUACAGCACCCACGAGUAACACCAACUUCUGCUGAUAAUCCCACCGCCCGUGUCGCUAGCACGGCGGCACCAGUAACCGCCGAAUUAAUGGAAGCAGAUCGGCGUAACGUGAAUCCUGAGUAG